UUGUCCUGCUCAACAUUGCGAUAUCGUAGACGGAUGUGAACUGCUGAACAAUAUAAAACAUACAGAUUCAAUUGGUAUUGGUUUGACUCGUAUUCAAACGCAUUGUUAUCACGAAGUUAAAUAGUUUGUAAAGAAGACAUGAUGCGUUGCUUAGGACUCGUUGCUUGCAUGUUUCUACAAUCAUUGCACGUGACAAAUUCACGUGAGCCCGCGUGUUCCCAGUUCCAUUAUGAAGAACAGAUGCUUGAGAAGGUUGUGCGUAUGGGGAUUAACAUGGAACAAGCCAUGAAGCGACUCGAUGUGUUUGACAAAGAAUUACGGUCGAAAACCCAGAACAUACAAGGCCUGUUCCUGGUUGCCUUUUACGUUCUGGUGGUGUUGAUAUGCAUCCCUGUCUGCUACGUGCAGGUCAAGCUGGGGGCUCUGUUCAAGCGGGGAAUCGUCGGCAUAUUCGCCAUCCUCAUUCCAAUCCUUAAAGGUACUGCAGUGUCCAUUUUGCUGCUUACCUACAUACGCUGUCUACUGCACGGUGUAGAGCUAAGUUACGCGCUUUUCUUCGCAUUCGCAUGCCUCCGCACACCGUAUCCGUGGGCAACGAAAACUGGCAACGUCACCGUGAGUUCGCUGAAACUGUUUCAUCGACCAGCUGACAGAUAUUUUCACGAGGAUUUUCUCCAGCAGACGGAUCACAUUGACGACGGUGGUUAUGUCGUCUGGUAUAUCGCCGUGUGUCUCCUGGCAACCUGGCUUGCCGUCUACUGCCUCACUUUCAAAGGAACGGCUUUGAUGGCAAAGAUUGCGUACUUCCUUACACCCGUUUCUAUACUCUUAUUGGUUAUUAUCAUGGUGUACGGAUACCUGGCCAUACCUGACUCAUCAGGGGCCAUGUCGAGACUUCUUGGAAGCAAAGUGGAAUCCAGUUCUGAAAGUCAACAAAAAAGAGGGAAAAACGUUAACUCUGUAACAUCGCUGCUGGACAGUGUUGUUAACUACAACCUUGGACAUCCUGAGCCGUGGAUCGAUGCUCUUAACCUGCACAUCAACAGCCUGGGUCUCUGGUCCGGCCUGCUGCCAACCCUGGGAACACUGGUCUUCAACCGGAAAUACGUCAUCAACGCAUCAUGGAUCCUUCUGUUACUGGUGUACAGCCUGCUCCCCCAGAUGGCCCUCUUCGCCCUGGCCCCUUACAUUGACCCCCGGGACAGCGGCGGGUUCAUCGCUGCGGCCAAGGGCAUCAAACCAGGUUUGCCCUUCUUGUUUGUUGCCAUACCUACCACGAUGGAGCGGAUGGAGUUAUCUCCCUUCAUUGGCUUCUGCCUCUUCGUCUGCAUCUUCUUGUUCGGUCUUCACCAUCAGGCGCUUCACUUGCUGGCCAUCUGGGAGAACCUGUUGCCGUCGACGCCCAAAUUCCUUAUGUCCUACUUCCGUCGACGGGAGCUGCUGGUAGCGGCGGCGUGUGGCGUCUCUUUCCUCUUAUGCGUCCCGUACUCAAUGCAGGGCGGUAUCCAUCUGUACGCCAUAGUGAACAGUUACAUGGACAGACUCGUCUUCACUCUGAUCAUUAUCUCUACCAUCCCCUUCAUAGUCGGAUACAUUAAACAGGAAGUGUUGUAUAUUCCGAUCGAGCGCACGUUCAUGAGCCUGUGGUAUGGACUGGCCGCUCUUAUUUCAUCAGUGUUGAUGAUCUACUACUUCGCGCUCUACGUGUAUCCACAUCCGGUUGUUGCGCACGGACAGCGCUGGGCGGAGCGUCUCGGCUGGUUCAUCGCGACCGCACCCAUCGCUCUAGGACUGCUCGGAGGGGCCGUGCAUGCCCUGUGCGCACAGAAGGGACCGCUCAAACAGCGCGUUCUACAGUCUUUGCGAUCAGGGACAUUCAACGCGUCAGACGACAGCAAUGAGUUCACUUCCGGGGAGACUGGUGACACCAUCAUUAACAACACGUCAGCCUCGCCAGAACCACAAGAACCAGUCUUCGAGAAAACAGACACAGAAGUAUUCAUACAGCCGAUGGAAGACGCCGAGGAUCCUGAAAAUGUGUGAAUACAUUAGACGCAGGAGCAGUCUAGUUUUUAAUAUAUUCAUUUAUGAACAAGUAGUUGUAAUUAUUUAUAUAAAUAUUUACUUAUCAAUUGAUUUACUUAAUUAAUAAACCAUUGAUGUCUUAAUCAAUGAGUGAGUGAGUGAGUGAGUGAGUGAGUGAGUGAGUGAGUGAGUGAGUGAGUGAGUGAGUGAGUGAGUGAGUGAGUGAGUGAGUGAGUGAGUGAGUGAGUGAGUGAGUGAGUGAGUGAGUGAGUGAGUGAGUUAGUGAGUGAGUGAGUGAGUGAGUGAGUGAGUGAGUGAGUGAGUGAGUGAGUGAGUGAGUGAGCGAGAGUUUAGUGAGCGAGCGAGUGCUAUUGAUCAUUAAUUCAAUCCAUUUCAAUUAUUCAUUCAUUCAUUCAUCUCUUGACUUGAGAAAUACAAGCUUAAAUGCACUGUCGAAUUAUUUGAUGAUAAAACGACGAGAUCGGCUAACCACUUGUCUAAUCUUACUAUGAGAUAAGACUCUACCGGACAUGUUCGUCUCUGAUGUCUAUGAAUGUAUACUGUUUAUCGAUAAAAGCGAUGUAAUGCAUGCUGCUGACUCCAAUUCAGCAGCUAAGGAUGGAACAUGAUAAUUUCGACAUAGUGUAUACUUUAUUAUUUUAAAAUGUGUUUGCUUAUCGUGCUUAUGGUAAAUAUCGCGUGCUAUGUAUCA